AUGACGAACCAGGACGUGGUCGUGUCGGAGAUGGGCAUUGCGGCCGGGGCCGCGCUGCCGGGCGCGAGCCCGGCCCUCCUGGCCUGCCGGGGCGCGGCCGCCGGCGCCAUGUCCCUGCGGUACCUCGACCUGGCCGCGGCGGCCGCGCGCUCAGCCAGCUGCACCUGGGUCGACGCCAUGCGCUCUUCCUCGCCCACCCGCUCCCGCGCCGCCGCCGACGUCGAUGAGUUCACGGCCUGGAUGAUGAAGCACCCGUCGGCGCUCGGGAAGUUCGAGCAGAUUGCCAGCGCGUGCAAGGGGAAGAAGGUCGUCAUGUUCCUAGACUACGACGGCACGCUCUCCCCCAUCGUCGCCGACCCCGACGCCGCCUACAUGAGCGACGCGAUGAGAGCGGCGGUGCGCGACGUCGCGAAGCACUUCCCGACAGCGAUCGUGAGCGGGCGCUGCCGCGACAAGGUGCGCAACUUCGUCGACCUCUCGGAGCUCUACUACGCCGGCAGCCAUGGCAUGGACAUCAAGGGACCAGGCUCCAAUCCCGAGUCAGUUCUGUGCCAACCUGCAAGCGAGUUUCUCCCCGUGAUCGACGAGGUGUACAAGGCGCUGGUGGAAAAGACGAAGUCCACGCCUGGCGCCAAGGUGGAGAACAACAAGUUCUGCCUGUCCGUGCACUUCAGAUGUGUUGAUGAAAAGAGAUGGAAUGCUUUGGCCGAGCAAGUCAAGGCAGUGAUCAAGGACUACCCCAAACUGAAGCUCACUCAAGGGAGGAAGGUUCUGGAGAUCCGUCCGAGCAUUAUGUGGGACAAGGGCAAGGCCUUGGAGUUUCUGCUCGAAUCGCUCGGAUUCGCCAACUGCAGCGACGUCCUCCCGGUGUACAUCGGUGACGACCGCACCGACGAGGAUGCUUUCAAGGUGCUGAGGAAGAGGGGCCAAGGCAUCGGGAUCCUUGUGUCCAGGUGCCCCAAGGAGACGAACGCCUCCUACUCCCUGCAGGACCCCGGCGAGGUGAUGGACUUCCUGCUCCGUCUGGUGGAAUGGAAGCGGAAAUCCUCGGCGGCCCCGAUGAUUCGGCCGCGGGUGUAG